GUUUGUUUAUCUCCCGCAGCCAGCCGUGUCCUCCUCCUCCUCCUCUCUUGACAGUCGCCUAUUUUAUGCCAUUUACAAUGACUUUCACCUAGUAUAAGGACCUGAUCCCUUGGAGACCGCUAGAAAACCUGCAGCUAUGAAUUCGCUUAAGAGUUUCAUGAACAGGGUUGUGAGGGAAGUAGGCCCUCAAACAGCAGGUCAGGGAGGCGCGGAAGGCGAAAGAGCUGAAGAUGGUCCUGGAGAUGCCGUGGAGGGCUUCUUGUGUCCAACGUGUUACAUGAGCUUCCCAAAACCAGAGCUGCUGCAGGAUCAUUAUGAAGCGGAACACAUUGAACCGUCAGCCAAUUACCUGUGCCCUGUGUGCAAAGCACGGCUCAACUCGCAGCAGGAAUUGGAGAAGCAUUAUAGUACUAUCCAUGGUGUCAAAGACACAAGCGGCCACAGCCUCGAGACGCUACGGGAAGAGUUGAAUGAACUUUCAACCACCCUGAGGGAGGAACGCUGGUAUUCUGAGGAGUUGAAGAAGGAAGUUGAGAGGUUACAAGAAGCCUUCAAAAAGAAAGAUGAAGGAGAAGAGAAUUUUGUUCACAAGUCACAAUUAGAUGCUUUGGAAGAAUCCAAGACAAUGCUGACAUCAGAAGUGGUCCUGUUACGGAAGCAGCUGACUGAGUCCCUAGAGUUGAACAGUUCCUUGCGCUCCGAGAAAGACAUGCUGGAAUCUCGUGCCUCCGACUUUGCGGUGGAAAGAGCAGAGUUGAGAGCGACUCUGGAUACCCUACAAGCUGAAAAGGUUAGUCUAGAGUCGGAGUUGCACGAGUUGCGCUCCAGCCGGUCUAACCAGGAAACUCAGGAUCAGGCAGAGUCUCAGCAGCUGCAGCAAGAGCUCGUCAAGAUCCAGGAACAACUGAUCAACAGAGAGAAGGAGGUUUGUGGCCGAUUCAUGGGUGUACUUGCAUGUGAGCAGCUGUGCAAAUGUAUUAUGCUCUUUGUGCUGUGGAAACCUUUGCUACUUUCUCUCUCUUGAACAUUGUCUGUAGUUUCCUCCACUUAUUACCCCCUUUUUGUAUGUGAAUGCCUUUAUAAAAAGUUUAUAAUUCUAGAUUGCAGGAUUUGGUCAGUAUGCGCACAGAUAGUUAAAAAGGGAAGAAAAUGGAUUCUUGAGGUCUUUAUAUACAUUUCCUUAUUAAUAGCUUGCAACUGGAAUGAAGUAUGGGGAGGUCAUAUUAUAUUAUAGAGAUAUCUAGUGAGUAUCUAAAAGUAAGAUGUGAGUAAAUGUAGUUAAUAAACUUGUGUUCAUUUUUUAAAACACUCUCCCUCUUUUCUCUCUCUGAUAGAUAUUCAGACAGUUCACCACAAAAUUUCUCUGUGGAAGGAAGAGUCCAUGUUCUGCAAGGAUUUGAAAGAAUGUUUGCCAGAAUUUGCCUUUUGAUACAAAUGUGAAUGGACGUUCAUCUAUCAAGAUUACUGUUUGAUCAUGUGUUCUGAUUUAGUGUAGAAUUCCUCUAGGCACCAUACAAGAGAUGUGUUUUUCCUGUUAUGUUCAUUCAUCUAACUCUACUCCUCUUUCCCUCUCUCCCUCUUUCCCUCUCUCCAUCCAUCCAUCUAUCUGUCCUAUUCUCUUCAUUCCCUCCAAUCCCUCCUUCCUUGCAGUCCCUCCCCACUUCCAUCUCUCUUUUUA